AUGGUGCCGCGCCCCUGGCGUGGUUUCUGGAACAGCAUCGGCACCGCGCUGCUGAGCGUGGCCGGCAAGGCCCUGCCGCCGUACGAAGGCGCAGAACAAGCCGCCAACCGCCCCGCGCCCGAAGCCUGGGAAACCGCGGCCAACCGCCGCCGCGCGGUGUUCGUGUUGCUCACCGUGUUGACCACGGGUCUGGCGGCCAGCCUGUUUGCCCGCGCCCAACCCGAACACGACAACCUCUGGCUUCAAUACGGUCAGCUCGCGCUGUUCGUGGUGCUUUCGGCCUGGGUCGUGACCGGUUUCGUGACCGCGCUCAUGGGCUUCUGGGUCUCGUUGCGCGGUGACGCGCACACGCUGUCCGCCGCCGCGGUGCAGCACCACCCCAUGAACCCCGACGCGCGCACGGCGAUCAUCAUGCCGAUCUGCAACGAGGACGUGGCCACGGUGUUCGCCGGCCUGCGCGCCACCUGCGAGUCGCUCGCGGCCACCGGCCACGCGCGCCAGUUCGACGUGUUCGUGCUCUCCGACAGCUACGACCCCGCGAUCGCCGCGGCCGAAAAAGCCGCCUGGGAAAACCUGCGCGCCGCACUGGCUGCCCAGCCCGAGCUGCCACAGAUCGAGGUGUACUACCGCCUGCGCACGCGCCGCAGCCACCGCAAGGCCGGCAACGUGGCCGACUUCUGCCGCCGCUGGGGCAAGGACUACCGCUACAUGGUCGUGCUCGAUGCCGACAGCGUCAUGAGCGGCAGCUGCAUCGUCUCCAUGGUCAAGCUCAUGGAGGCCCACCCCAAGGCCGGCAUCGUGCAGACCGCCACGCAGGCCAUCGGCCACGCCACGCUGCACGCCCGCGCGCAGCAGUUCGGCUCGCGCGUCACGGGUCGUUUGUUCACGCUGGGCAUGCAGUUCUGGCAGCUCGGCGAGAGCCACUACUGGGGCCACAACGCCAUCAUCCGC